GGAUUCCACUCACAGGUAGUGGAGCCGCCGGGUGGGAGGGAUCGCGGCUGCGAGCGGAUGGGGCGAGGGAGAGGGCGCAGCGCCGGAGCCCGAGCCAUCCCGGGAAGCGACCCUCUGCCUCCGCUGCCCCUCGGGAGGGCAUGUAGGCGCCGCGGGACCUCGAGAGCCGCCGCUUCUCCUGAUCUGGACCCCGAGAGCCGCGCCUGGGAGGGCAUGCGCGGCGCCAGACCCCACGCCUGCAGAUCCUAAUCUCUGUUUUACUGGAAUGGAACAAGGCCAAAAUAUCUCAUCUCAAGAUGAUAACCAGCAAGAGGAAGACCCCUUUGCGUCAAAACUAUCAGUUGAAGCAGACAUAGUAGCUGGAGUUUAUUUAUUAGUAAUUGGGAUUUUGUCAACUUUAGGAAAUGGAUACGUUAUUUACAUGUCCACCCAACGGAAAAAGAAGCUGAAGCCUGCUGAAAUAAUGACUGUCAAUUUAGCGGUGUGUGACUUGGGAAUUUCAGUGGUGGGAAAGCCUUUUAGCAUCAUUGCCUUCUUCUCCCACCGCUGGAUUUUUGGUUGGAGUGGUUGCCGUUGGUAUGGAUGGGCUGGGUUCUUCUUUGGCAUUGGGAGUCUUAUUACCAUGACAGCAGUAAGCUUGGAUCGAUAUUUCAAAAUCUGCCAUUUAUCCUAUGGUACCUGGCUGAAGAGACACCAUGUUUUUAUCUGCUUAGGAAUCAUCUGGUCCUAUGCUGCCUUCUGGGCAACCAUCCCUUUUGCAGGCUUUGGCAAUUAUGCUCCUGAGCCAUUUGGGACCUCGUGCACUCUGGACUGGUGGCUGGCUCAAGGUUCAGUGGCUGGGCAGGCCUUUAUUCUGAAUAUCCUUUUCUUCUGUCUUGUGCUUCCAACUGCUGUGAUUAUGUUUUGCUAUGUUAAAAUUAUUGCAAAAGUACAGUCAUCCACCAAAGAAGUAGCCCACUAUGACACCAGGAUUCAAAACCAACAUGUACUGGAAAUGAAGUUAACUAAGGUGGCAAUGUUGAUCUGUGCAGGAUUUAUGUUUGCUUGGAUCCCAUAUGCCGUGGUGUCUGUGUGGUCAGCUUUCGGAAGACCAGAUUCCGUUCCCAUCAAAGUUUCAGUGAUACCAACUUUGCUUGCAAAAUCAGCAGCCAUGUACAACCCAGUUAUUUACCAGGUCAUUGACUGCAAAUCUGCCUGUUGCCGGCCAGGUAACCUCCAGCCACUGCAGAAGAAGAACUCCAGGCUGUACAUAAUACCUACAGGAAAAAAAUCUGAGGUAGUUCAGGAAACACAACUGGACAGUGUAUGAAACCCUUGAAUUGUCAGUUAACCCACCUGUCCACCGUUUUCUUCUCAGCUGCUUCUUUUACUAGUACAGGCAGUCCCCAAGUUAUGAACAAGAUAGGUUCUGUAGGUUUGUUCUUAAGUAGACUUUGUGUGAAAGUUGGAACACGUACUUUUAAAAGUAUAACUCCAGGCAUAUCUAUCUAUCUAUCUAUCUAUCUAUCUAUCUAUCUAUCUAUCUAUCUAUCUAUCUAUCUAUCUUUGGACAGCAUAGGGGUUAACACCCCUGUGGUGUUUUUUUUGCUUUCUGUGCCACUGUUCAGAAAAGUUCAUUUCACUUUCUUUCCCUGUAAUAGUUGGAUUUUGAAAAAUUUGGCUUGUUGUGGAAACAAGGAUUGGUGAUAAAGCUUCAGCACAUUUUCCCAUGAAAACUCUUUCAGGAGUGAAUUUCCCUUCCUGAGGGUAGAUUUUUCUCACUUCCUGUUGUCUCACCCCCCAUUUGUAACUAUGAGUCAUUUGUAAGUCGGAUGUCUGCAACUCGGGGACUGCCUGUACGUUUUAAAUUGUAGCACCUUCAUUUCGCUGUUGCUAUUGUUUAUUCAUUCUGAUGUCUUGCAUAGAAUGCAUUUCCUGCCUUGUUAAAUUGGAAAUCUCACACUUUUCACUGUGUCACAUGUUUACUUGUUCAUAUCCUAAAUCUGUAUGUACAUACGGUACUAUAAUGGUUGUACUUAGGAUUUAUUUAAAGACCAGCUUUACAAAGUUUCUUAAUAUAAAUAGUGCUAAAUAUUGUCACGGCUCAUGAUGUUUACACCGAACCAGCCUUUCAUUUAUUCAGAUAUCUUCAACCCACUCAACAACACCCGUGUGCACAUAGGCAACAGAACACUUUGAGCAUGAACUGAAGGAGAAUGCGAAGAAUGAUGAUUAAUAUUUACAUCCAUGAUGAGAAUUGGGUGUCAUGACAUUUGAGAUAACCCACCAACGAAAAGGAAAAUAGUUACAGGAUUUUUAGCAACUUGGGAACCUGCAUGGACAAUUGUCUUUUCUGUAUACAAAAUAAUGUAUUUGGGGGCAGAAAAUACUUUGUAUAGGAAUGUGCAAAUUCCCCCAAUUCAUAUGUGGAAAAUGUGUAUCUUACAGAAAAAAACUUUCCUCCCUUCCACUUUUUAGGUGUGUGUCCUAAAAGAAAAUCAUUGAUAUUUGUGUAGAAACAUGUUUUCUGUUCAGAAGAACUAUAUGUUUUUGUGUGUAAAUCAGCUUUCCAAAGUGCAAAUAGUACUCCAAAAUUGCACAGAAAGCUUUGUAAUCUUGUGAAGCAAAGGGAAAAAACAUCACUGAAAGUAUUUGUUCUUGCCUGUGGUAAAUAAGUGAACAUUUUAUCCAUGGAUCAAUAUGACUACUGUACCUUAACUCUUAUAAAAAAAAUGGAGCCACCUCCUAUAAGUAGUGUAGCAAAAGGCAAGAGGUUAGCCCCAUCUCAGGAGAACCUAAAAGUAGGCAGUGAAAUGGUAGCAUUGACCAGAGGUAGUUGAUUCCUUCUGUGUGGAAUUCCUCUUGACUUAUCUAUCGGUCAUAUGAAAAUCCAUAAUUUUUGGCCCCCAAACCUGCCCUCAACUUACACACUGAGGUUGGUUUAUAUAUGAGUAUAUACAGUGCAUCCCUAAAUCAAAGACCUAGUCAAACAUGAAGCACCCACAAAGCUAACAGCAUUUGCUAACACUGCUCGACAAAGUGAAUGGUGACAGCCUUGGGCAACACAUCCCACCUGAAAUAGGGAGGGGAGGCACACACGCCCCAGUCAGUCAGCAACCCACCAAUGACUAGGAUAGGUAAGGAAACAUUGUCAUCUGGCUUAACAAUGUUAAGAAGAAUAGAAAACUUUUUUGAGCAAAUCUUUGAGCAUUUUCGUAUCCUUCCAGACAGGCCCUAUAUCCCAGGAUCUGAUCCCAGGAUUUCUGCUUUAUAUGAGUCCGCACUGCCAGAUAAUCUGGGAUAAACAGAAAACCUAGCAUCAGAUUUUAGGAUAUAGAGCCUGUAUGGAAGGGCCCUUAAUUUCUCAUUCAGAUAUUUUAAAAAGAGACUAAUAUUCUACAAUUUUUUCAGUCGUGUAGGAACAGUGAUGCAAAAGCUAAUGUUCUUUCUAAAACAGUUUCCCCCAAUCUUGCAGAGGAGUUUCUCCUUAUGCACAAAUGUGCUCUGAUGUACAUUGUAAUUCUGAUUUGCCACCUUAUCAUACAGGGCUUAAACUGGCAGCAUACGCUGGUUAAGCCCUAAGCCAUUCACAGAGCCCACCGGCUUCCAUCAAACAACACAGAUGAACUUCCAGCAGGACUUCGUGGAUGUUCUAGGGUGGAGCUGGUGUAUGCCACCGUGACAACACAGGAGACUUCCCGUGUUGCCAUAGGAAGCAAAGGAGGGUUGAUGCUUCCCCCCCCCACAGGAACAGCUUCCUCAGGAGCCAGGCGAUGCACGUUGUGGGACUGUGGGUUACCCACGAUGCCCAACAAGGGUCGCGGGAUUUGCCACAAUGCAUUGCGAUUCCAGCGGCUAUGUGAUGAGGUCAUUAGUUUCCCAUUGUACUUGUUGGACACUUGUCAUGCAAGUGGGGAUAUACCUAACCCUUGAAGGCCCACUAGCUGCUCAUAAAGUUGUUGGACAAGGUCCCGGUUACUUGUAUCCAUACUCUGAGAAGCAAAUUUGAGCAAAAUAUGUCCCAUUCUGCAUCUCAAGCACAUAUAUACUGCCUGUAGGUUUUGUUAAUAGGAUUCCUUUAAGUCCUGCUCUGAUUGCAGAGAUUUCCUAAAUGAUUCAAGAAGGUAACAGAUUUAUUCCUCAACUGCAGAUAAUGUUAAAAAUACUAGACAGCACUAUUAGACAUGGUAAAAAAUAGUUUUCUAUUACAGCAGUGGUUCUCAACCUGUGGGUCCCCAGGUGUUUUGGCCUACAACUCCCAGAAAUCCCAGCCAAUUUACCAGCUGUUCAGAUUUCUGGGAGUUAAAGGCCAAAACACCUGGGAAUCCACAGGUUGAGAAUCACUGUAGUACAACAUCAACUGUAUGAUUCAAUUAUUCUGAGAUGUGAAACAAUUAUAGUUUUAUUCUUCUGCAUCCUGAAAAUUAAUGUUACCUAAUUAUCAAAUAGGAAAAAGGUAGUUAACACUUAACAUUGGUGAAUACCAAUACUUUUAGUAGCUUAGUGGUUGAUAAUGCAAAUAUUUUAAAUUUGUGGUAUUCAAACAGCUGGUAAUAUUUUUUUAUCAAAUCCGGAGAACAAACCUGGCAGCUAUUUUCUGUGAUUCAGUAGCUUCCCGUAAGUUUUUAAGAGCAUUUAAACAAAGAUGUUCAAGGAAAUCAAACAGAAAUAAUUAUUUUCCUGACAUAAUCUCUAGAUCAAAUAAUUGAAGGCACUGCCUCAUAUUGAUGUACAGUUGUGUAUUUUAUUUUUUUAUUCAAAGUUUUACAUCUCUUUAUUAUUGUGUGUGUGUUAAUAUGUACAUGUGCACAAAAGGCAAUGCUGUGUAUGUAUUUACAUUAUUAAGGUGAAUAUGUCAGACAGCAAGCUAAUAUGACAUUUCCAGUAACAUGGCCAGAUUUCAUAGUCAUGGCUGGUAGAACAAGCAAAUGGACAUAAGCACUGCCUAAGCCGUUCCUGCAAGUCUUCACCUUCAUACAAAGUUUGUAGCAUUCAUCUUAUAUAGAAAAGUACUUAUAAAUUGAAAUUUCUUUGGAAAA